AUGGACAGUGUCCGAGGCGUUUUCGAAACAAAAGUUCCAGCCCUGCUGGGCCGUGAUAUCCACGGUCAGGCUGUGAAAUGCGGUAUCGGGAGAGCGGGCGAUACGGCUCCGUGGCUUCCACGAGUCGGGGCGUACAAAACGGCUCAAUGGCGCCGAGGUGAAACUAAGGCGCAGUCUGUCUGGUUGCCUCUCCGAGACGUUUCAGAGCCCGCGGCGAUCUUGCUUUUUGUUCCCUUAUUUGUCGAGGGACUGCGGCACUGCCCUACCUUGCCUAUUCUGAAGGGCAAGCAAACAUUCGGCCCCAGCCUGCCCCAGUUCCAGACACAGAACUCCAACGCCACAGCCCUCAAUAUGGAGACGGGCCCUGGCUAUUGA